AUGCCGUCGGGGGAGUGCAAGGGCGGGGAGGACGCCACCACCAGUGCUCAAAACCGGCAUGAAGAGUCCGGGGUCGCAGAGGAGCAAGGGGGCGCGGCGGAUGGUGGUGCCAUGGACUGGGGUACAGGGACGCCGGUGUCGGCACGUUUCGCGAGGCUGAAGGCAGUAGACCGCGGUUCCGGACAGAUACCGGUCUCAGACGACGAGUCCCCCCACGCGGGACUCGUGACAACGACAAGCAUAGUGGUAGGGACGUCGGACGGGAUCGUGAGGUUUCUGGGCGGACCGAAGAUGCGGCACUGCGGCAGUUUCGUCUCCCUUUCCGAGGACGAUGUUUUGUCCAUUCUCGAGCUGCUCGGUUAUCGCUCGUCGCAGGUUCUCGGGCACGUGAACCACACGAUGGCGAACCUCCGCUCCAGGUUGCGGCGGGAGUGGCGGCUCCACCCGCUCACACCCGGACACCUCGCCAAGAGAACGCUGGAAUUUUUACAAUGGGGCAGGAUCGAUCCUGGAUCCAAGAACAACGCGGACGCCUGCAUCGUCUUUCGAGGAGGCGUAACGCACGCAGUGAACAACCUUUAUGGGCAGAUUUUCGGGUGGGAAUGGGAGGGUGAGCUGUACCGGCUGUUCCGGGAGCGAAGCCUUCUGCGGUCCGUUGUGACCCGGCGAGAUCCGAUGACGCUCGGGAUUCAAGGCGCCGAGGUCGUUCGGGAUUGCGUGCAUCUGUGGUUUUCAGGCACUAUGGGGGAUAGGGUUGAUUAACUUCUUUUGCCGCAAAAGUUGAGCAAGUUUUUCUUUUCCGUGUGACUCCGGCCAAUACUCUGAAAAAACGCGGAAAGUUGCGGACUAGUCCAAGGGUUCCAGAAUUUAAGGAAUUGAUAGAAAGCGGUAUUUCUUCCGUGCAUUUGGAUGUCUGCUCCUGCCUUGAACAACGGUAGCAAAUUACAUCCACAAAUCUUCUCGCUCUGUGGCAUUCACAAUGCCGAGCCGUCACUAGGCCGACCAACCGACGUUCUUUACUACUGCCACCACUUUUCUAGUUUGGAAGUCCAGUUUUUCUCUCUCAACGCCGGUCUAACGCGCUCCUUGAGCCACCAUGGUAGAAAGGGGAUCUCACAGAAUUCUUCCUCUCGAAGAGACCCCUCGGACUUCCUUCAACCAUGCCACCCUCAUUCCCCUCCCCCUUCCUGCCAACGAAUACACGAUGAAGCUUUGGUCAUUCAAGGACACGUGCGCCGGUAUCAUGCCAGGGCACGAGCCCGCGGCCUCUCCACCAAAGCCUGUUGGGGACACCUUUAACCUAGACCACCGGCCUAUGUACACUCGUCCCAUGGUUAAGAACACACAAGGUGUUCCCCUUGAAGCCCGUGUCCUUAAGCCGGGGGAGUGUCCUUCCGAUUGAUACCCCCCUUAUGUCGUGCAUUCUGCCGGGCACCAUGCCUGUGAAGAAAAAGGCGUCCUCGUCCGGGGGGGUGCCCUUAACAGUGGUGUCCUUGAGCAAGGGACGACUGUACUUCGUACGCUUCACGGGCCUGUGCUGUUUGCAAACCUUUCCCCUCGGGCAACCAUCGCAGGACACAAAGGACCACGUCCUCGACUACGCCGGCUUCGUAGACUUUGCGACGGUGGUGCAAGAGCACGUCACCGGUCUUCGCUCUUGGCACCGGCGGCCGCUCCCGGCCAGUGACGGUGGUAUCAGCGACGGUGACGAAAAUUGCGCAACGUCGUUGGCAGAUGACGGUUCGUUGCCCCGCGGGUUAUGGCCCGGUAGGCGAAAGCAGCAAA